GUGCCGGUAUCGGCAGACACUCACGAUCCCUGACGUGCUCAUGUAGACGAACGAUGUCCUAUCCUUUGCAAUGGCUCUCUAAUACUUUCAACAGUCGUUCUAAAGCAAUAGAGUUGCUUCAACCAGAAGUAGAAAACAAUGUCCUAACGCGACAUGAUUUCGAUCUCGCAGUCAACUUCUUGCCUGGUAUACACCGGUAUUUUCCUGGCAUAUACUCUGGCACUUUCACAGGUGCCACGUUAGGUUACGGAUACAUGUUCGCCAGACCGAGAUGGACGCCUCGAAGGUUUACUGCGCUCUCAGGACUCGGAUUCAUCGUUGGCGGGAUGUUCGGCAUGCUCAGACAAGUCCUUGCCCAUCGACAGUUCGCAAAGGCUCUGGAAGAUCCCAAAGGAUUCAUGCGAGCACUGGCGGAUGUUCAUCACAGACUUGGUGGAGAAGGAGAGCUGGGGUUCACAUUGGAGCGGCUCAGGAACGAAGGUACGGGGAGGAAUGCGCAGGUGCCGGAACGCGUAGAGCAGGGGCCAGAGAUGGUUGAUGAGGACUACUGGGACCGUCCACGCCCCUCGGUCAAUGAGAGUGCGAACGCUACAGUUAUCACAGAGACUUCAAGUAAUACUGCUGCUUCCCAGCCCGCAGCUCGAUGGAAUGAAAUCCGUGCGGCAAAUGCACGCGCCGCUGGGCAACAGUCUUCGUGGGAUGCUAUUCGACAGAAACACGAACGUAACAGGCUACCUAACUCGUCUUCAAACACUGUGGUGGAUGAGCGUGCGCUAGAGCAAGCCAAGUUUGACGCUAUGAUAGAAGCGGAAAGACGGAAAGGCACGGGACAGGAGGGCGGCUUUAUGAGUUGAAUGUAUUCACUACACAGCCCCUGAGGCCUGAGUGUCUAUAUAACGCAUUGGUUCUCAAUACUGAAGCGUAAUUGCCUAGUAAGUGGCUUCGAUGUGAAAGCAAUCAUAAAUCGCAAUGUCUUU